AUGGCUGAGCAGGAAGUGUCCAAGUACCUCCAGGAGACGCACGACAAGAUCUUUGACAACAACCGCAAAUGGGCCAAGGCCAAGCACGACAACGACCCGGGCUACUUCGCUCGCCUGUCGGAGGGACAGACGCCCGAGUACCUCUGGGUAGGAUGCAGCGACUCGCGCAUCCCGGCUGAGCAGAUUACGGGUCUGGAGCCGGGCGAGGCCUUCAUCCACCGCAACAUUGCCAACCUGGUGGUCAACACGGACCUGAACGCCAUGAGCGUCAUCAACUACGCCGUCCGCCAUCUCGGCGUCAAGCACAUCGUCGUCUGCGGCCACUACGGCUGCGGUGGUGUCAAGGCCGCCAUGACGCCCAAGGACCUGGGACUGCUGAACCCUUGGCUCCGUAACAUCCGAGACGUCUACCGCCUCCACGAGGCCGAGCUCGACGCCAUCGCCGACUCGGAGAAGCGCUACGACCGACUCGUCGAGCUCAACGUGAUAGAGCAGUGCCGCAACAUCAUCAAGACGGCUGCUGUGCAGAACUCGUACGAGGAGAACAAGUUUCCCGUCGUUCACGGCUGGGUCUUUAGCUUCAAGGACGGCCUACUCAAGGACCUCGACAUUGACUUCCAGGCUGUCCUCAAGGACAUUCAGAAGAUCUACAACCUUACGAAUUAA